UUCCAUUUCUCUAGACCGCAUCGCCAUCGCUCUGAUUGGGUUUUCCCUAAUCCCAGAUCGAUUAUACUUCUCAAUUUCGGUUCUGAUUCCGGAUUACGCCGCCAAUUUUUUGGGGUUUUGGGUGCCCUGAUUUUCUCGAUUGCUGUCCGAUCGUUGGAGGGGUCUUCUUGAGUUUCUUUGAUGAUUCAACGUGUUUAGACUGUUGUUACAAAGAUGAUGGGUGGUUCCCCCGAUCGGAUUUUAAGAAUCGUCGGGGGGUUCUGCUGAAUUUGGGAAGGAAGAAGAUGAAGGAUUUCCCUGGGACUCCUGGGACUAAGACGGGGCUAAUUCUGAGGAUUUUGCAGUGUGUAUUUGCUGCUGGCUCUAUUGCUUCAAUGGCCUCAACUUCCUACUUCUUCAAAUUCACAGCUUUUUGCUACUUGAUUGCUUCAUUGGGGUUGCAAAUCACCUGGAGCUUUGUGCUAGCAAUAAUAGAUGGCUAUGCUCUGGUGAGAAACAAAGUACUCCAGAGCCCUAUUCUCAUUAGCCUGUUCGUCGUUGGAGAUUGGAUUACAGCGACAUUGACACUUGCAGCAGCAUCUGCUUCAAGUGGGAUAGCAAUAUUGUAUUUUAAUGACUUGGAAGGCUGUAAUUUUAUAGGGGAAUGCCAAAAAUACCAACUUUCUGUCGCCUUGGCGUUCCUCAGUUGGGUAACUAUUGCAACUUCAUCUCUUAUAAUGGUUUGGCUAUUGGCUUCCAGUUAAAACCAUUUGUCGUACAGCCAACUUCGUAUGAUGCAUAGUUUCCUUUUUUCCAAUGAGGAUGGUUAGAAUAUGGUCACUUUUUCAUUUCAUCUGUUCUAUAAUUUGUGUUCUCUCACCUCUUCAUACGCAGUUUCAAAGCACAGAUCCGCUAGUUUCUUUAUUGGGGUGUAAAUUUGACUAUAAUAAACUAAUCAAUUUAUUUAUCAGUUCCAAUUUUCUAAA